AUAAACACUUCUCUCUCUCCCCCCAUCAUUGCCAGGCUGCUGAGAAGCACGCAGGAGGCACCUCACCAACUGCUACUGAAACGCAUAUGCAUAGCUACCUUGCCUGCUUUCUGACUACUGCUGCUUUCACCCCAUGUGUGAGGGCUGGAGUACACAAGAAGCUGGCUGCAUGCAGAGGAUAGAAUUGGUACCUUUAUGACCAAUUCUUUCUCCAUGGAUUUGAAGGACAGCACCAGUGAGGGAAGUCUAGGGAGCCUUCAGCCUUCCAGCCUCCAGAUUUUUGCUAAUACCUCAACCCUACAUGGAAUCCGCCAUAUCUUUGUUUAUGGACCUAUGACUGUGCGGAGGGCUCUAUGGGCUCUAGCAUUUGUAGCUUCCCUGGGCCUCCUCUUGGUAGAGAGCUCUGAGCGACUGAUUUACUACUUUUCUUAUCAGCAUAUCACCAAGGUGGAUGGGCUUGUUGCUAACAGCUUGGUCUUCCCAGCUGUCACCAUCUGCAACUUUAAUGGGUUCCGCUUCUCCCGUCUCACCACCAAUGAUCUGUACCAUGCUGGUGACCUUCUAGCUUUGCUGGAUGUGAAUUUACAAAUCCUUCAUCCCCAUCUUGCUGACCCAACAGUCUUGGCCAUACUGCAAGAGAAAACCAACUUUCAGCACCACCGAGCCAAGGUCUUCAGCAUGAGUGAGUUCCUAGGACGUGUGGGCCAUGACAUGAAGGAGAUGCUGUUGUACUGCAAGUUCCGGGGACAUGAGUGCAGCCACAAGAAUUUUACAACU